CGCAGCUCGUUGCAGGCAACCCCCUGUAAAAGGUGGUGUAUUCCGACGGCGUCACUGGAUUAUCUUCAGACUACGCACACCUCAACAGCAGACACUUCGUUGAAUUCUCCCGAUUUGUAUCAUAAUCUCAAUAAGGAGCCACCAUGCGUGAGUGUAUCUCCAUCCACGUGGGCCAGGCUGGAGUCCAGAUUGGCAAUGCCUGCUGGGAGCUCUACUGUCUGGAGCAUGGGAUUCAGCCGGAUGGACAGAUGCCCAGUGACAAAGCCAUUGGAGGAGGAGAUGAUUCCUUCAACACCUUCUUCAGUGAGACUGGAGCUGGGAAGCAUGUCCCCAGAGCUGUGUUUGUGGACCUAGAGCCCACAGUCAUUGAUGAGGUGCGCACUGGAACCUACCGCCAGCUGUUCCACCCUGAGCAGCUCAUCACUGGCAAGGAGGAUGCGGCCAACAACUAUGCCCGUGGACACUACACCAUUGGCAAGGAGAUUAUUGACCUGGUGCUGGACAGGAUCCGCAAACUGGCUGACCAGUGCACAGGCCUUCAGGGCUUCCUGGUCUUCCACAGCUUUGGAGGUGGAACUGGCUCUGGUUUCACCUCCCUGCUGAUGGAGCGCCUGUCUGUUGACUACGGCAAGAAGUCAAAGCUGGAGUUCUCCAUCUACCCAGCUCCCCAGGUGUCCACAGCUGUGGUGGAGCCCUACAACUCCAUCCUGACCACCCACACCACCCUGGAGCACUCUGACUGUGCCUUCAUGGUGGACAAUGAGGCCAUCUAUGAUAUCUGCCGUAGGAACCUCGACAUUGAGCGUCCUACCUACACCAACCUCAACAGGCUCAUUAGUCAAAUAGUUUCCUCCAUCACCGCUUCCCUUCGUUUUGAUGGUGCCCUCAAUGUUGAUCUGACAGAGUUCCAGACCAACUUGGUGCCCUAUCCCCGUAUCCAUUUCCCUCUGGCCACCUAUGCUCCUGUUAUCUCAGCAGAGAAGGCUUACCAUGAGCAGCUCUCUGUAUCUGAAAUCACCAACGCCUGCUUUGAGCCUGCCAAUCAGAUGGUUAAAUGUGACCCUCGCCAUGGAAAGUACAUGGCCUGCUGCCUUCUGUACCGUGGUGAUGUGGUGCCCAAAGAUGUCAAUGCUGCCAUUGCCACCAUCAAGACCAAAAGGUCUAUCCAGUUUGUUGACUGGUGCCCAACUGGUUUCAAGGUCGGCAUCAACUACCAGCCCCCCACUGUGGUCCCUGGUGGAGACCUGGCCAAGGUCCAGAGGGCUGUGUGCAUGCUGAGCAACACCACAGCUAUUGCUGAGGCCUGGGCUCGGCUUGACCACAAGUUUGACCUGAUGUAUGCUAAACGUGCCUUUGUGCACUGGUAUGUGGGUGAGGGCAUGGAGGAGGGAGAGUUCUCUGAGGCCAGAGAGGACAUGGCAGCUCUGGAGAAGGAUUAUGAGGAGGUGGGGGUCGACUCCAUUGAGGGUGAGGGAGAGGAGGAGGGAGAGGAGUACUAAGUGUUUCUGCUAGGAUGCCCCUGGCUCUUAUCUUAGGUCUACCUAAGGUAUCUUACAAGCACAAAAUCCUAAAAGUAUAAGUACCUCUUUACACAACCUCAUUUUUGUUUGCUUAAAUUUUGUUUCAGGCACUAUCUGUCUUUUUCAUUAAUUGUGAAGAAAAGUUU